UUGGUGCUCAGAGCCAAUAGAAAUCCCAGACUGCGCUAAUAUCCCCAUGCAGCGAGGAGGAGAGUCAGAGCGAAGUCUCAGGCUUCUUUCAUGCCUGCAGUGGCUGCUAGCCCAGGGCAGAGCUAGCGGGGCACGUUCUUGGAGCUGCUCUCAGCUGAAGUGCUUCUCCUAUGGGCAUCUGCUGGAGUCCCGCUGAGGUCGAGCAGAAAGCGGCAGCGCAAAAUCAAACUUAACCCCCUCUGUGGACUAUUGAACUCAAAGGAAGGCGUGGGAGAGGGAGAAACAGAGAAGGGAUUCGAGCAGGAGGCUUCUAUCACAUCAUUGCAGGAUGAUCUGGAAGCUUUCUCUCUACCUGUUCCUGGUGGCUGUGCUGAUGAAGGUAACAGACAGCAGGAAAAACCGGCCCUCAGGUGCCAUCCCCUCACCUUACAAGGAUGGUAGCAGCAACAAUUCAGAGAGGUGGCAGCACCAAAUCAAGGAGGUGCUGGCCUCCAGCCAGGAGGCCCUAGUGGUGACCGAGCGCAAGUACCUCAAGAGUGACUGGUGCAAGACACAGCCUCUUCGGCAGACGGUGAGUGAGGAAGGCUGCCGCAGCCGCACCAUCCUCAACCGCUUCUGCUACGGUCAAUGCAACUCCUUCUACAUCCCGAGGCAUGUCAAGAAAGAGGAGGAGUCCUUCCAAUCCUGUGCCUUCUGCAAGCCGCAGCGUGUCACCUCUGUCCUUGUCGAGCUUGAAUGCCCGGGCCUGGAUCCACCCUUCCGACUCAAGAAAAUUCAGAAGGUGAAGCAGUGCCGGUGCAUGUCCGUGAACCUGAGCGACUCGAACAAGCAGUGA